GCCAAACAGAAACAGGUGAAGAUUGGCCCAAGAUUUCUCACAUCCCCCCACCUCAGGAUCGAUGAGAUUUGGGUUUCCACAGUUCAUAGGAUAUGUCGCACUUCCUACGCAUUAUAAGAUGGUGAGCAAAUUUUUUGAGGGUCUCAACUCUUGGACUUGCUGGAGAUAGGCGAAUGUUAAGAUUGCUCACAGGCCCAAUAAUGCCUUGUCUUGAUGUCUGAGUUUUCCAGAGGAUUUAUACACCAUGGUGGUUAUUUUGACAAGAUGCCUGAUGGUAGGAAGAAGUACAAAGUAGCUAGGUUCAACAAGGAUGGUGGGAGAAUUUGGCUAGAUGGUCUAGACCCAGAUAAGAUUGCAUGGACAGAGUUUGGGAACAUAGCAUGGGAUCUAGGAUAUAGGGAGAAGCCUAUAUCAUACUACUUCAAGCUGCCUAGGACACUCUGCAAUGAGGGUUGGAUGUCGAUUAGGAAUGAUGCUGAUGCACUUGAAAUGGUGAAGCUUAUUCCGCUGAAGACAAGGCAGAUUAGUGUCUUCGUAACUGGUGGUGGUAGGAGGAGAAAAAAAGAGGCUGAAGAGGAUGAUUUGAGACCUGUUGAUCCAGAUUGGGAGAAUCCUCUGAAUAGGAUGACAGCAGCGGAGAAAGCAAAGGCAGAACAAGAUGCCAACAUUUUUGAAAGUAAGCUAAAUAGGUCAAGUGUGGGGGGUUCUGGUUCUAGUAGAGUUAAUGUGGUUGGUGAAGGAAGCAGGCCGAUGGAAGGGGUAGAUGGUGUCAUCAAUUUAGACUCAAAUAGUGAUGUGGAUGGCAGGGUGGAGGAGCAGCAGGCAAGUCAAAGUACCUUUAAUGGUCUUAGUGACUUGGUGCCUGAUUUGUUUGCUAGUCAAGGAGAUGGAAGUCAAAUGGGGCAGGGGCAGAAUGGUAACAAUGGGAAAGGAGGAGGGUCUGAAGGGGAAUUCGGGGUAUUUAGUGGAUUUUACAACACAUUCAUUAAGAGCCCUAGAGAGAAACAUGUAGUGAAGAGACCUUGGGAGGGUAAGAAACUGAAGUUUUCUGAAGGGCCAGCUGAAGAAACAGAUCUAGCAAAGGAGUCAAGUAUAGAAGCUGCUCAAGCAUCUCAAUUUGAAGCAACUGAGGUUGAAGCUACAGAAGUGGUCCAAGAUCAGGGAGAGCAAAGGCCAAUUGAAGUUAAAACUCACCCAAUUGAACAAGCAGCUGAAGCUCACCCAAUUGAACAAGCAGCUGAAGCAAGGCCUGCAGUUGAAGAACCAGCUAAAGUAAGGCCUGAACCAGUUGAAGAACCAGCUGCAGUAAGGCCUGAACCAGUUGAAGAACCAGCUGAACCAAGGCCUGAACCAGUUCAACAAGCAACUAAACCAAGAAGAGAAGUAGGUGGCAAACAGGGGAGCAAGAAUAGGAGGUUUAGUGAGGUUGAGAAGGGUAAGAAGGUUGUUGAACCAGUUGCAUCCAAAAAGAAGGGCAACAAGGUUGCUGAACCAGUUGCAUCCGAAAAGAAGGGCAACAAGGUUGCUGAACCAGUUGCAUUUGAAAAGAAAGGCAAGAAGGUUGCUGGAGGAUCUGCAUUCAAAAAGAAGGGGAGACAAACAAAGGAGGCAAGGUAUAAGACCAGAAGCAAAAGGGAUGAGGUCCAUGAGUUUGAAGAGGACAGUGACUCAAGUUCAGGAGGUUCUGAUUUUUACGUUGACUCAUACUACGAUCCCGUUGAUUCUGAAGAUGAUGUCCAGUUUGAAGAAAAUGUGUCCAAUCCGAGAGUUGUGGAAGAGUUUGAAGAAAUGGGCUUCGGAGGGGAAUGCAGUGAUGAUGGUGGAGGGACAGAUGAGCUUGAGAGUUUGAAUAGUUCUGGAAGUGAAGAAGAUGAAGAAGGUAAUCCACUUCCCUUCCCCACUUGGAGAGGAAUUAAGUUGAAGUCUUGGAAUAGAAGGGUAGAUUUGAAGAACCCAAAGUUUGUGGUUGGCCAUGUUUUUGCAAACUUUGAGGUACUUAAGGAAGCAAUUAGAGAGUGUGGGUUGGUGACCAGAAGAGGAUUGUGGUUUCAAAAGAAUAGCAAAAACAAGAUUGAGGUUAAAUGUCAGUUGGGCUGCCCAUUUUGGUUGUAUGCUAGCAACAUUGCAGAACUUGGUCCAGGCACUCUUGUCAUCAAGACAUUGAAACCUGAGCAUAAGUGUGCUCAUCUUACAGAGAGUCAUCAUCUAACAUACCACAGAAUAACGAAGGAAGUACAAGAAGACUUGUUGGUGGAUGAGGAGUGGUCCAGGAAGGGGAUGCAGAACCAUAUCCAAAAGAAAUUCAAUCUUGAUGUAAGCAUGCAAAAAAUUGCAAGAGGGAGAGCAAAGACCAAAAGGAUGAAUGAUGGGCAUUACAUACAGCAGUACAAUAUGUUGGCAAGUUACAAGAAGGAGUUGCUGAGGAGCAACCCAGGGUCUACAGUUCAGAUCAAGACAGAGAUGGUAGGUGAGGUGAGGAGGUUUCAUAGGCUUUAUAUCUGCCUGGCAGCUUGCAAGAAAGGGUGGAAUGAGGGUUGUAGACCUUUGAUUGGAUUAGAUGGCUACCAUAUUAAAGGUCAGCACCCUGGUCAACUACUUAGUGCUAUUGGUGUUGAUGGGAACAAUGGUAUGUUCCCCAUUGAUGGGCACUGAAGUUGAAAACAGAGACACUUGGA